AUGAGUGAAUACAAGACAAUUGUUCUUCUAAAAGGAUUAGAGGGUCUGAAUGACUACCAGUUUAGGACAAUCAAGUCCUUACUAAGAAAAAAACUAAAUCUAACUGAAGAGAUGCAAGAGAAUUAUGACAGAAUUCAGAUGGCUGACCUGAUGGAGAAAAAAAUCCCAAAAGAUGCUGGACUGGACCUGCUGAUAAAUUUGUGUGAAAGCAUGAAUGAUCUUGAAGACCUUGCUAAAAAACUUAAAACAGAGAAGGCAAAAGUUAAGAAGGAAAAGAAACGAAAAAACAGAACUAUAGUGAAAAAAGGAAAGCAAGAAGAACCCAGUAGUUCCCAAUCUCUUUCCACCGAUAAUGAAUCAGACAUGAGCAAACCCUCUGCACAGAAAAAGAGAAAACAAACCACAAAAACUGAAGGUGGCAAGAAAAUGAAGCUUACCCAGGAGCAGACUCAGCUUCUAGCGCCUUCAGGAAGCAACCCACAAAAAGAUGAAUGUUGUCUCCAGACUCCUCAUAAGCCUCCCCCAACACCAUCCAGCAGUUCCUCAAACAAGACACCAAAGAAAGGAAACUUACCAAAGGAGCCUUCUAUGGUAGAAGGUCACCAUCAAGAUCCCAUACAAGUGAUGGUGUUGAAAGUAACAGAACCAUUUACUUAUGAUUUGAUUGAUGGAAAAAGGAUGUUCCAUGCCACAGUGGCUACUGAGACUGAAUUCUUCAGAGUGAAGGUUUUUGACACAACCCUAAAGAACAAGUUCAUCCCAAAAAAGAUCAUUGCCGUAUCAGAUUAUUUUGGCGUCAGUGGAUUUCUGGAGAUAUAUAGAGCUUCCUGUGUGUCUGAUGACAAUGCUAACCAAACACUGGUUAUCCCAAAUACACUGAGGAGAAGAGCCAAUGGAACUCCUAAAAUUAAGGAUCUUUUCUCUCAAACAAAAGGAACAUAUGUGAAUGGAGAGUUUGUGGUAACUACGAAAAAUGAAAGGGGUGACUUCAUUUACUAUGGGAUUGAAGAUGAUACUGGGAAAAUGGAAGUGGUGGUCUCUGGACGACUGACCAGUAUCAACUGUGAGCCAGGCAAUAAACUUCGUCUUUUCAGCUUUGAAUUGACCUCAAGAGAAGAUACAUGGCAGCUGAAGUCAGUGAAGCACAGUUACAUGCAGGUGUUAUCAAUGCCAGAAGGAGAGGCACUCAAUCCUGAUUCAGUUAUGAAAACCUCUGUAGAACCAUACUUAAAGAAGAGAGUAACAGUGCGGAAUCUACCUACAUACAGUAGGCUGGAUCUAUCCUCUACUUUGUAUGACAAUAUUCCUGGGGAGGUGGAAACAAAUGUCUACUCACCCCAGGCCAAAGUUCAGGUACAACUGAAGUCCAAUUUGAGAUUAAUGAACUAUUGUGAGAAUUUACAAGAUAAUACAGAAGGCAGUGCGGAUGACGGAGGCCUUGCUUGGAAAUUUAAGAGGGAAGGAUCGUCCAUAAUUGUAGAGAUAAUGAGUGAAUACAAGACAAUUGUUCUUCAACAAGGAUUAGAGGACGUGGCUGUGGAUGACUACCAGUUUAGGAAAAUCAAGUCCUUACUAAGAAAAGAACUAAAGCUAACAAAAAAGAUGCAAGAUGAUUAUGACAGAAUUCAGAUAGCUGACCUGAUGGAGGACACAUUCCCAAAAGAUGCUGGACUGGACGUGUUCAUAAAUGUGUGUGAAAGCAUUGAAGAACUUGAAGACCUUGCUGAAAGGCUUAGAACAGAGAGAGCAAAAGUGAAAAGAAGAAAGCAAGAAGAACCCAGUAGUUCCCGAUCUCUUUCCACCGACAAUGAAUCAGACAAGAGCGAACCCUCUGCACAGACACUGAAGUGGGGAAAUGUACCAAAGGAGCCUUCUAAAGUAAUAGGUCACCAUCAAAAUCCCAAAGAAGUGAUGGUGUUGAAAGUAACAGAACCAUUUACUUAUGAUUUGAUCAAUAACAAAAGGAUGUUCCAUGCCACGGUGGCUACUGAGACUGAAUUCUUCAGAGUGAAGGUUUUUGACACAGCCCUAAAGAACAAGUUCAUCCCACAAAAUAUCAUUGCCAUAUCAGAUUAUUUUGGCAUCAGUGGAUUUCUGGAGAUAUAUGGAGCUUCCUGUGUGUCUGAUGUGAAUGUUAAGCGAACAAUGAUUAUCUCAAAUACACUGAGGAGAAGAGCCAAUGGAACUCCUAAAAUUAAGGAUCUUUUCUCUCAAAUAAAAGGAACAUACGUGAAUGGAGAGUUUGUGGUAACUAAGAAAAAUGAGAGGAAUGACUUCAUUUACUAUGGAAUUGAAGACAAUACUGGGAAAAUGGAAGUGGUGGUCUCUGGACGACUGACAAGUAUCAAAUGUGAGCCAGGCAAUAAAGUUCAACUCAUCUGCUUUCAAUUGACCUCAAGAGAAGAUACUUGGCAGCUGAAGUCUGUAAAGCACAGUUACAUGCAGGUGUCAUCAAUGCCAGAAGGAAGGUCAUUCAACCCUGAUUCAGUUAUGAAUACCUCUCUAGAACCAUACUUCUGA